AUGGCCACUCUUCACUACCUCCCGCCCGUCAAGCCAUCCGCAAUUGCGCUCGGCACCGUCUUCAACCAUGCCGUCUCUCUCGCCGUGAUGGCGCCCCUGUUUGGCGAGACAUACAACCGUGCUCAGGCUGCCAACACGAAGGAGGAGUUCUUCAAGUCAAAGGAAGCCGCUACCGCCGCCGCUACUUGGGGCUCGUCUCUGCUCGGCUCCGCCCUUCAGUCGUACGGCGUCGGCGCCCUCAUCAACGCCACCGGUACCUUGAGCUACAAGGGUGCUGCCUACCUCGGCUCGCUGAUCUUCUUCGCCUCUGCUGCCCCAUCCGUUGUAUCGCAGGUCCUCACCGAGAAGCGUCCGCUGGACACUGUCGCCGUCGGUGUUCUUGCUCGCAUCUUCGAGACUGUUGGCCUGUCACUGUUCCUCACCUACUGGGGCACACGCACCAACCCAUUCGACUAA